AUGCUCUACCUGGUUGCUCUCCUCUUGCACUGUCUCCCCUUGGCCAUGGGACAGUAUGACAUUUGCAAGUCCUGGGUGACCACAGACGAUGGCCCGUCAUGGGAGUUUUAUGCUUGUCAACCCAAGGCCAUGCGGAUGAAGGAUUAUGUGACAGUACGGGUGGAUCCGGCAGGAAUCACUUGUGGGGACCCACCGGAGAGGUUCUGCACCCAUGAGAACCCGUACCUGUGCAGCGACGAGUGCGACGCCUCCAACCCUGACCUGGCCCACCCGCCGAAACUCAUGUUUGACAGCGAGGAUGAAGGGCUGGCCACGUACUGGCAGAGCGUGACGUGGCGCCGGUACCCAGAGCCACUGCUGGCCAACAUCACGCUGUCCUGGAACAAGAGCAUUGAGCUGACAGAUGACAUCGUGAUAACCUUCGAGUAUGGCCGACCCACCAUCAUGAUGCUGGAGAAGUCACUGGACAACGGGAGGACUUGGCACCCGUACCAAUAUUACGCAGAUGACUGCAUGGAGGCCUUCAGCAUGCCAGCACGGAGGGUCCGGGACCUCUCCACCACCAGUGCCAACAGGGUCCUCUGCACAGAGGAGUAUUCCCGCUGGGCGGGCUCCAAAAAAGAGAAGACCGUCCGGUUCGAGGUGAGGGACCGCUUUGCCAUCUUUGCUGGCCCUGACCUCAAGAACAUGGACAACUUGUACACCCGGCUGGAGAGUGCCAAAGGGCUCAAGGACUUCUUCACCGUGACUGACCUGCGGAUGAGAUUGCUGAGACCAGCCCUGGGGGGCACCUACGUGCAGAGGGAGAACUUGUACAAGUACUUCUAUGCCGUCUCCAACAUUGAAGUCACCGGCAGGUGUAAAUGCAACCUCCACGCUAACCUGUGCACCUUCAAAGAGGGCAGCCUUCAGUGCGAGUGCGAGCACAACACCACGGGGCAGGACUGCGGCAAGUGCAAGAAGAACUUUCGCUCCAGGUCUUGGCGAGCAGGAUCCUACCUGCCUCUCCCCAAUGGGUCCCCCAACGCAUGUGCAGCUGCAGGCUCAGCCUUUGGCAACUGUGAGUGCUACGGCCACUCCAACCGCUGCAGCUACAUUGACUUUCUGAAUGUGGUGACCUGCGUGAGCUGCAAGCACAACACGAGGGGCCAGCACUGCCAGCACUGUCGCCUGGGCUUCUACCGCAACAGCUCGGCGGAGCUGGAUGAUGAGAAUGUAUGCAUAGAAUGUAACUGCAACCAGAUCGGCUCCAUGCAUGACCGCUGCAAUGAGAAAGGCUACUGUGAAUGCAAAGAAGGCGCCACGGGGCCCAAGUGCGACGACUGCCUGCCCAACUACUACUGGAGACAGGGCUGCUUCCCCAACGUCUGCGACGAUGAGCUCCUGCUCUGCCAGAACGGUGGCACCUGCUACCAGAACCAGCGCUGCGUCUGCCCCGUGGGCUUCAAGGGGGUCCUGUGCCAGCAAUCCAGGUGCGAAGCUGACAAAAAGGACUGCGACGGUGCCCCCAGCGCGCGCGGCAGCCUCAGCACCAUCCUCCUCGGGGUGCUCGCCCUCCAGCUCCGCGGCUGGGUGGACCUCUGA